AUAAUUAUUUCAUCUUAUUUAAAGUAGUAUAUUUACCACGGCGUUUUUAAAAGUGCAGAGGUGAUGGCCGAGUCACUAGAAGACUGGACAUUAGUAUGCCAAUUGUCGGAUCUAACCGGAACAAACCGAAAGAGGGUGAAGAUAGAUGACAGAGAUAUUGUUAUCAUAAAAGCUAAGGCAAACGUAUAUGCCUUAGAUAGUUUUUGUUACCAUGCUGGAGGACCUUUGUAUAGUGGAGACAUAGAGGACUUUGGAGGGAAGACUUGUAUUGUUUGUCCUUGGCAUAAAUAUAAAGUAGCCAUUGACCGAGGAGAAAUGGUGUACCAGUCCUGUGAUCCUCAUAACUUAAGAAAGCCUGCAGUUUGGAAAAGCAGUGGUGUUAAGCAAAGGACACAUGCAGUAAAGGUCAAGGAUGGGAAUGUCUAUGUGAGAUUUUCAGAUUGUACUGGGAAGGUUCCAUCUGACCAAUACAACAAUAAGGAAUACAGAGAGAGACUGGGGUUGUCAUGAAUCAUAUCUACAGCCAGGACAACAGUGAUAGUUGCAGACUGGAGUUGUCACAACGUGUGUCUACAACCAGGAAAAGAGCCAGAGGUUAUGUCGUGUCUACAGCAAGUACAACAGAGAGGUCUACAGAGACUGGGGUUG